AUGUCGUUGAUACCCUAUCAUCCAAGGGAGGGCCGUGAGAUUGUUUUACGUCAUCGCAAUGCUGUUGUAGUGCGUGAUCGUGAGUCUCAGCGGCUCGAGAUUCGAGGAUCCGAAUGCCCAACAUGCCACCAACCGCUGGGUAGCGCAUCUUCACCCGACCGUUCUUUUGAACGCUCAUAUGACUUGAACCACGAAUUUGUCGACCCGGAGUAUUUUCGAAUGCUGAGGGCGGGAAACCACGGUUUCCCGCAGGGAAGCGCACCGCCCAGUCCUGCAAGAAGGCUUGUUGAACCAGCCUUGGUAGGCAACGAAGAACUUCAUCCUUCUCCUCCUUCGGGCUCCGCGAAUGGCCCGGAAGGUUCAGGAUUCAUAGCCAACGUUCAUGAUGUUCCCAAACCGGAAAGAAGCAGAAUCCGGCGUGAAGCCUUUAGUCCGAAUUAUCUCAAAACCUUUUUUGUGGAAGAAAGAAUACUCGGAAAAGGGGGCAAGGGCGUCGUACUUCUGUUACGCCACGAGAUUGAUGGAUACCCUCUAGGACACUUUGCAUGCAAAAGAGUACCCGUCGGAGAUGAUCACUCGUGGCUGGAAAAGGUCCUCGUCGAGGUUGAACUCCUUGCAAAACUUUCCCACCCAAAUCUCGUGUCCUAUCGUCACGUUUGGCUUGAGGAUGUACGCUUGACGAGAUUUGGCCCUAGUGUUGCUUGCGCUUUCAUCCUUCAGCAGUAUUGCAAUAGCGGCGAUCUUCACCAGUAUGUUGUCGGCGGAGCCCCGAAGGAGGUUUCUAAGGAAGAAUUAAAAGCACAAAUGAUACGACGGUCGAGAGGUCACGCUGAGACGGCGCAUGAAUCCACUUCUGCUCGGCCUCAGCUCUCCUUUGAAGAGAUAUACUCGCUUUUCAAGGACAUCACAUCCGGCGUGGCCUACCUUCAUGGAGCCAAUUAUAUACACCGAGACCUGAAGCCAAGUAACUGUUUACUCCACCGCGAGGGUGGAAAGGUUAUAUGCCUUAUCAGUGACUUCGGUGAAGUCCAGCCGGAGAAUGUUAUUCGAAAAUCCACAGGGUCGACUGGCACUAUAUCAUACUGCGCUCCGGAAGUCCUAAGAAUGGAUAAAUCCGGCCAAUACGGAAACUUUACAACUAAGUCGGACAUAUUCUCGCUCGGCAUGAUCUUAUAUUUCAUGUGCUUUGGGAGGCUUCCGUACCAAGGAGCAAACGCUAUACAGGAAGAACUUGAAGACAUGGACCAAUUGCGUGCCGAAAUCACGGACUGGCAAGGCUUCCAGGAUGAGCGACAAGAGCGACCAGACUUACCGUCAAAACUAUAUAAGCUACUGAAGAAAUUGCUGGCUCUGGACUCAGCAGAACGACCAAGUGCAAAUGAAGUUCUGUUAGCAAUGAGAAGCGAGACUAACUUCGACAAUAUUACCAAGGGUGACUGGACGACAAACUCUUCACCAUCACUUCGCGGCAACCGAAUUCAGAAUUUGGACGCUCCUUUGCCGUCAGGAACGCCUGUUUCAGACGCACAGAAGGACAAGAUCAGAGGGCGACAAGCUCGGAUAGCCGAUCAAUCUGGCACUGUUUCUCACUUCCUGGACAUGGAGAGAUCGUCCCCGGAUGUCACGCCUUCAUCGCCAGAGGAUACCCGCCUGAGUCAUGAAUGGCACAAUGAGAGCUUUGGAGUUGAUCAACAGACCGAACGGCAUGGCCCAGGAAGAUUGCAUGAGAGCACAUCAGAAGCUACUUCGUCAAUUGAACAGCAUGUCCCCCGUCUCUUAAUGGCACCCCCCAGAUCUCGACGGGAUGAGCUUUUGGAUCAACUGAAAAUCCUGACCCAGAACACAAUAUUCAGGCUUGGGGUGAACAUUUCCACUUCUGAGUUCAUUCUGCGGGCUCUUAUCUUCAUUUUCAAGCUAGUCACACUCACCCGGCCAUGCUGGCCUUACAUGGUUACCCUGGAAGUGGGUUUACCUUUGGUCGUUAUUGCCGCUAUGGAACUGGGCUGGUCAAGCUCAGAUCCCGAACCCGGUCGGCAUCAAACUCACAGAAACUGUAGAUCAUCUUUUGGAAGCAGAAGAGAUCGGCUGAAUAUUGGAAUCAAAGCAAUACUGCUGAGUUUUCAUCUCAGCGCCCUUUGGGUAGCUCGUCGGUGGGACGCAUUGUGCAUUGGGAUACCACAGGAGGAGUGGGCCCAGUGGCGAGAGCAACCAAGGUUCGGAAGCACCUGA